AUGCCAAAAAGCAAAAAGAAGAUCAUAACAUUUUCUGCAAAUGUAGUGUUUUCUAGUAAAGAACUAUUGACAGAGAUCCUCCUUCAUCUCCCAGUAAAAUCACUCGUUCAUUGCAAAUGUGUAUCGCGUAAAUGGCUUUCUAGCCCUCAGUUUACGCGCCUCAGAGUCCCCUGUUUUCGCCCUGCUAGUGGUGUUUUUCUUGGACUUCUGCUCUGUCAUACAGUUCAUAACCCGUUCACGUUUGAUGAAAACUACUACAUAUUCAACCCGACUACUCAUCAAUUCGUCACACUUCCCAGGCCAUUAUCAGGGGAUGUUAUCGGAAUGACUUUAGCCUUUGAUCCAUGGAAAUCACCAAAUUACAAAGUUAUCUCCCUCCAAAUUUCUAAACUUGAACCUACAAAUCACCAGAUAGAGAUUUACUCAUCUGAACAUAUGAAAUGGAGAGUUUCUGGACAAACUUUUCCUAGAGAUUACGAUAUACGUUUCAAAAAGGGACUAGUUUACUGGAAUGGAGCUAUUUAUGUGUCAUGUAUCAAACGUUUCAACAUAGAACAAGAAAAGUUUGAAGAAGUUGACAUACCUGAAGUCCAGGAUCACGAAGAUGAUGAUUACAGGAUCGUCUACUUUGGAGAGUCUUAUGGCCAUUUGCACCUUAUACAAGUGAAUCGCCAGAACUUAGCUUUGUACAACAUCUACGAGAUGAAACAUGAUGGUGCAGGUUGGUUCUUGAAGUACGAGAUGAAUGUUGAAGACGUUGUGUUGGCAUUCCCUCAUAUGAUUCGAGAUUUCCUUGAGACAACAGAAUUUCAUUACUAUGGCAUGGCUGUGCUAGAUGUUGUAAGGGGAGAUAAAGAAGAUGAUUCAUUCUUGAUUUUGCAUAUUACUGAAAUGGUUAUACUACGUUACAACUUAGUGGAUAAGUCAUUCUACAAGCUCUGGGUUUUGACAAUGGUGUUCAUGAUGCAUUUGCUUGGUGUCUGCAUUUUGAUAGAUCAAACACUUACCAGUACAUUGAAUCUACCUAUUGUUGGUAAGUUCACAAGCACCUUGCAACGUUAUCGUUGCUUGCUUCUUCAACUUGGGGGAAUACUGACAGCUUGUUUGGAUGGUCGUUAG